UUCUUCUUUUUCCCCUUGAAAAUGUCUCGCUUUCCAUCCAAGAAGCUUCUUCGGUUCGGACUGAAUGGUGAGGAAUGGAAGAUCAUUAGCACUCUUUCUGAGAGUCCUUGAGGCCGCCUGGGGGUUUACCUGCCCUUUGGGCAGGAUUCAAAGUCCAGUUGCCCUUUGAAAAAGCACCUUUGGGACAACCUGGAUGACUGAGAACCUCCGUAGACAUUAAGUGCUGAGGCUUUGCAGGGGGUUUUGCCUGCAAAUCGUAAGGUAUACCUUAGUACCGAUAGUCCAUAACUUACAACCAAUCGUUGAGUGUGUGUUCAAAAUUACAACACCACGGACAAAGGGGAUUUAUGACCGGUUCUCACACUUGCGACCAUCGCAGCAUCCCUACAGUACAUGAUCAAAAUGUGGACACUCGGCAACUGGCAUGUACUUAUGACAGUUGCAGUAUCCCAGGGUCACGUGAUCACUUUUUGCUACCUUCUGACAAGCAGAGUCAAUGGGGAAGCCAGAUUCACUUAACUCUGUUACUGCAGUGAUUCACUUAACAACUGUGGCAAGAAAGGUCAUAAAAUGGGGCAAAGUUAACUUAAUUGUCUUGUUUAGCAGUGGAAACUUUGGGCUAAUUUAUGUCUGUAAGUCAAGGACUACCUACCUGUGACACUGCUUUAUGGAAGCGGGAGCCACGGGCAGGGCAGACAAGUGAGCCAUGUGGCCUGAGUGACCGGCAGACAACAGGGAAAGCUGAUUGGAAUAGCCCGGAUCUUAGCCGCAGUCUGCAAAAGAUCCCUCCUCUUUCUUUGGCCUCUUGCUUUGGAUUAAAGCUGCCUUUGCAGACAUUUUUUAGGUCUUGUGAUAUAUUUAUUAAACCAGUUGCGUUUGGCUUCAGUCUGUGGCAUCGCCGCACUCCAGAAGCAGAGGCAAAGGGGCUAUGAAUGUUAGUGGAAGUGUGAACUGGACAAGGGACAACACGUGGGCACGAGUUACAUAAAACCAAACCCUCCAGGAGCUUCUGCUCGUGAUGGAGAUGAUGAAUUCAAUAAUAUUUUCUGCCUCCAAAGACAUCACAUGGCAGUCCAAGAUGGUCAGCAGAGACCAGCCCGAGGUCGACCCCUCCAGCGAUACCCAUUGCACGGCCGACUUUUGGGACAGGCUUGUCCAGCAGCCGAGUUCCCUCUGGAUGGAAGAAUACCAGGAGGCCCCACCCCUGCUGAUGUCCGGCUGUGCAGCCCAGCGGCCUGAAGGAGAAGAGGGGGGGCCUUGGCCCUGGGAGGCGGCUCCUACUCCGCAAAGGCUCCCGUCCCCCAAGGAGCUGUGUCAGAAGAAGAGGAAGGGUCCGAAGCAGAAGGGCCUCCGACACCUCCGUGGCUUGUCCGUCUUGUAUCAUCUGGAGGAGGUGAAGAGACGGCAAAGCAACAUCGACAAGCAGAAAGCAGCACAGGAGGGGGGCGCUCUGCCCCAGCUCUCCCCCCAAAGGAACGGGAUGGUCAGGGACCUGCCUGCGUGCCUGUUGAGCCCCGCCCGGACGCCAGAGCCCUACGCCAGGCCCUUCCUGGGCAGAGGCACCGGUGCCCAGCUCCUCCUCCACCCGCAGUGGAACCCCAACCUGAGGGAGCCCCGGAGGUUCUCUGAAGAAAGCCCCCUGGCCUUCUACGCUGUGGCGGCCCACCACCGCUCUCUCCACGCAGGAAGCACUGAGCUGCUGCGACCCGAAGAAUAACCGCAGCCAGGCGGACGUUGGGGAUCAGCCUUGCCCAAUCGGGUUCCCUCCAGGGAUGGUGGGGGGGCAAGUUGUUGUGUUAGCCAGGGUGUGUGUGUGUGUGUGUGUGUGUGUGCGUGUGGCCUGUGCCAAAAGGGGUUCAGGGGUCCCCGUGUGUGUCUCUCUUCUGGAAGCCCCCCCCGGGUGACUCUUCCACCCAAGGCCAGCCCUUCUCUCCUCCAUCUAUGCUUGGCCUUCCUGUUCAGGUGGGUGGGUGGGGGCUUUUAUUUCCCUUUUGCAAGUCUGCCAAUGCCCCCCCCCCCGCCCAUGAGUGGCACGCCAGAGAGAGAGCGUCUCUUCUUCAAUAAACCUUCCACCGUGGGCUGAGGAAAGAAUGCAAAUACCAGGGGAAACUGAGGGGGGUUUCCAUAGUAAUCCUGGUUCUGGUGAAGGCCGGCUUCUCUCUCCUCCUCCUCCACCUGCGUGUAACGUAGGAGUAAGCUCCUCCGAGGAGCGCAGCGAGGUGUUUGGAAGAAAGAGGAGCCCUUGCAGGGCCGAGGAGUGGCUGAAGGAGUUUCCCUUCCGAUACCUCAAAACCUCCUUUUCUGCUGCAAUGACAAGGCUCCCCUCACCCAGCUGACAUGUGUCCCCCCCUCCCCUUUUCUCUGUGCCCUCGGGCCUCUUCCACGCCCUUAAAACAAAUUAUAAAAAGCAGCACAAUAUUUCCUGCCAACAGAGAGAGAGGCGGACUUGGUGAGGACACAUCCUCAGAAAGUUAAUAGGGAGGUUUCACCCUUGUAGUUUGAGGAUCAAUUGUUGCCCGUUUUGGAGUCUGAUAAAGGGUUUCCUUUAUCCACACACGCACACGCACACGCCAAGGCCAACAUGGGCCAGGUGAUCAUCCCUCCAGAUGACAAGAGGGGACGGGUGCGGAAGGCUCCCUGGCCUGGCCGAAGGACUGAACACCAGGAGCCCAGUCCGCCUUUGUUCAUGAGGCUGGCGGCCUCAGCCAAGUUGGCUUUUCCAAGGUGGAUUUUUGGGAGCAAAUAAAGCCUUGGACUUUUUUUCCCCGUGGGUUAAUCCUUCCUGCGGCCUAGCACGUUUAUUUUUCCACUAAAAAGGGUGGGAGACUUUGCUUCCGUUUUCCAGAAACCGGCCAUCCGAUGUUGACUGAACCGUGUCAGGCAGGCAUUGCCAGCAGAAAGGGGCUGGGGACAGACGGCUGGCCUUCGCCUCAGUUGGCUUGCAAAGCAUUUUUAAAAUACAGACAUGUUUUUAUCUGGAGGCCAGCCAACUCUCUGAUUUCAAGGCUCUGCUUGUAAGGGUUGUAAGGGUAAGCACUUAAGGGCUUCCUUAAGGGCGGGGCAAGUUUGCAGGGGAAGAAAAUGCCCCUCCCGUUAUUCGGUACAGCCCCCCUUUUCCCCCACCCCCGCUCAGCAGUGUUCAGGCCAAAGGAACCGCAAGUCCUAAUUCCAAGUACGUAUUUGCCACCAAGUGGGACCCCUCUGCUGCACGGAAAAGACAAACGGAUUAAGAUGGCUGUGAAUGUCAAUGAAUGAUGCUCUGGCUGUGCUAAUGGAAAAGAGAGCGAGUUUGGUUGUUAUCCUGUUCAUCAAAUACAUUUGUGGAACUCAAUUCU